AUGGCCUGCAUUCGUAGCUCCUUGGCCUUGAACGAGGCCGUAAAGCUGAACGCUGAGGGCUUGGUGAAGUCGUUGAUCGAAGCGGAUGCCAAUCCGCAACUGAAAGAUGGGCUAAACGAAACCGCCAUCGAAUGUGCUGAAAGGUUAAAGCUCACCAACCUUCUGAAGCUUCUUGAGUCGGACAGCUUUAAGAAACGGACCAUGGACUUUCAUGAGGGGCUCAAGCUGAUUCAGAACAUCCCAUUGUUUGCCAACAUUCAUCCCUCAGAAUAUCCACGCUUAGCCGCAGCCUUCACUACUCGCAACUGCACCAAAGAUGAAGUCAUUGUGAAAGAGGGCCAGUCUAUCAGUGAGUUGUUUCUGGUUGCUGAAGGGGUUGCUCAUGUUCUAAGAACAGAGGGCACACCUCCGGAGGCCAAGAAGGUUUCCGAAUAUGCCAAGGGAUCUCACUUUGGUGAGAAUGCUUUGCUUGAAGAUGAGAUCUGCCUGGAAUCGGUGGUCGCUUUUUCGGACAUGUCAUUGAAAGUCCUGAGCCGCUCAAAGUUUUUGGCCUUGGGCCUGAAGAGCUGGAAACGGCGCAUGGCCGUGUUAUCCAUCGAUUCGGAUCCCACCGCGGUCAACGCCAGCUUGAAGCAAAAGUCAGCACAAGAAGCGGAUCUCAUCAAGAAAGCCUUGAUGGCGAACGAGAAGUUGGGACCAUUGGUGAAAGGUUUCUCCAGUUCUGACCUGGAGCAGAUUGCAAGCAAUGCCUGGCGAUUGGAGGUGCAGCCUGGUGAACAGGUGGUACAGCAGGGAUCCAUCAAGGCAGACAACUUCUAUGUGGUCGCCAGUGGCCACCUUGAAGUCAUCAAGGAUGGGGAAAAGGUCUUGGAUCUGCAUGGCGACAGCACCUUUGGAGAGUUGGCGUUGCUGUACCGGGCGCCCCGGGCGGCGACGGUGCGAUGCUUUCAGAAGGCGACACUCUUCGUGGUGCCGCGCCAGGAUUUGCGCAAAGUCAUGCAAGCACCCUUGAAAAAGAAGCUGGAAGGCUUUGCCACCUUGUUGCCGCGAGUGGACAUUCUCAAGCACUUGACCAAUGAUGAAAAGGCACAGCUUGCCUCUGUCCUUGUAGAGAUGACUUUCUAUCAGGGUGAGACCAUUAUUCAGCAAGGCGAAGAGGGAGAUACGUUUUACAUCCUCUACGAUGGCCAGGUAUCUGUCAAUGUGGAUGGGACAAAGGUCACUCAGCUUGAGGGGAACGCAGUGAGCUCCAACGCAAACUUUUUUGGAGAGCGGGCACUGUUAAAUGAUGAACCACGGGCUGCGACCAUCACUGCAAUGUCUCCGAAGGUGCGGGUUUUGGCUUUGGACCGUGAGCACUUUCUCAGCGUCGUGCGUCCUGACGAGAUGGUCUGUGGCUUGAGUCCAAAAGCUAUGGUGAAGUAUGAGUUGAGAGCCCUGAAGCAGAUUGGUCUCAUUGGUUGCGGUGGCUUCGGAACUGUGACGCUUCAGCGGUGCAGCAUUACAGGAAAUAUCUUCGCCUUAAAGACCCUGUCGAAAGGCUAUAUUGUCCAAAGACAGCAGGAACUGAGUGUCCUGAAUGAAAAGAAUGUGCUCCGGAUGACCCAGAGCCCUUUCAUCAUUCGGCUGGCUGCAACCUUCAACGAACCACAGCGGCUACACUUUCUUUUGGAGCCUGCGCUGGGCGGCGACCUCUUCACUGUCUACCAGCGAAAUGACCUUCAUGGUUCCCUGAAUCACGCUCGAUUUUAUGUUGCGUGUGUAGUCCGUGCCUUUCAACAUCUUCAUCAACGUCAUAUUAUAUACCGUGAUAUGAAACCAGAGAAUCUUCUCUUGGAUUCACAAGGCUAUUGCAAGGUCACAGACUUUGGCUUGGCUAAAUUCGUAAUUGGAUAUGCUUACACUACCUGCGGAACUCCGGAAUACUUUGCGCCGGAAAUGGUGCUCCAUAUGGGACACACGGUUGCAGUAGACUGGUGGUCACUGGGCGUUCUUACCUUCGAACUCAUCGUUGGUGAUUCGCCAUUCACGGCCAACGAGCCGAUGCAGGUCUUUAGACAGAUCAAACAAGGUAUCCAGGCAGUCACUUUUCCCAAGAGUCCCAAAGGGCCAUGGUCCGAGUUCGUCCGAGCGCUGUGCCAGGAGGAGCCUUCGGAACGUUUGCCAAUGCGGAAAGGUGGUGCCCGCAACAUCGAGGUGCAUAGCUUCUAUGAAGGGUUCGACUGGGAUGCCUUGGAUCAUCGUACAAUGCCUGCGCCGUUCAUACCCCAGCUCAAGCGGCAAGAUAGCUUGGCCAACUUCGAUGUCGGGGAAGUUCGGCGCCCACCAAAUGUGAGGUAUGAAGAUGCAGGAACUGGCUGGGACGAUGGCUUUGAAGACUGCCGUGGGCCAAAGAACUUCGACUCAUGGCACAACUUGGGGUGUGCCAAGGCCGGUUGGGAGCUUGAGACGAGCUUGGUUUGGUGUGCUGAUAGUGCAGGACGCGAAAAACGGAAGGACCGAAGGAUGGAGCCAAAGGAAGCAAAACGGCAUGUAUCAUUCAGCGACGCUCACGACAAGAAGGCCGAGGAUAAGCCUUCUGGUCCAAGCAUUCCAAAAGGUCCUGGCGACAGAUGGAAGAUUCCGACGAACUAUGAGGUCAAGCAGCUCAUCGGCACGGGUUCCUAUGGCAGCGUGUGCGAGGCUUUCGACAACGACAAAAAGCGCUUGGUGGCGAUCAAGAGGAUUGCCCACAUGUUUGAGGACUUGAUCGAUUGUAAGCGAAUUCUUCGGGAGAUCGCGAUUCUGUCCAAACUUGAGCAUGAGAAUAUUGUUCAAGUCUAUGACAUCGUGGCGCCAAGCAACAUUCAUACGUUCGAUGAACUGUACAUGGUAAUGGAGAUUUGCGAUUCUGAUCUCAAGAAGCUGUGCCGAACGGAUGUGACCCUGACCCCUUUGCACAUCAAUACCUUGCUGUACAACCUGCUAGUGGGCCUGAAAUAUCUCCACUCAGCUGGUAUCUACCAUCGUGACCUGAAGCCGGCCAACUGCCUUGUGAACCAGGACUGCUCCGUCAAGAUCUGCGACUUCGGACUAUCUCGAGCAAUAGAAGCAGCGGAGCAGCCGCAUCUUCAUGCGCUGCCAAACACGCCUCGAGGUGAUGGUGAGGCCGAGGCGGUGCCUGGUGUCCCGCACACGCAGCGGUUGAAGAGGAAUCUCACCGGGCACGUCGUUACCAGGUGGUACCGCGCUCCUGAAUUGAUUCUUCUGCAGGAGAAUUACACUGAGGCCAUCGACAUUUGGUCUGUGGGGUGCAUUUAUGCAGAGCUUUUGGGUAUGCUAGAGGGAACCCGAACGCAGGAUAGAGGACCAUUGUUCCCUGGAUCUUCCUGCUUUCCCUUGUCGCCAGACCACAAGCACAAGACCGACUACAAGUAUCACACGCGCGGAAAACAUGAUCAGCUGAAUAUGAUUUUCAAUCUCUUGGGAACACCUGGGGAGGCAGAUGUUGAGCAACUUGAACGCGAAGAUGCCAAGAGGUACAUUCGCUGCUUCGCUGCGCGUGAGGGUGAUGGCUUGGCAGUGAAGUUCCCAGGUGUGGACGCGGAUUCGAUCGACAUCCUCAACAGGAUGCUUCGUUUCAACCCCAAGGACUGUGCCAUGCUGUGCCAUCGCAGCGGUGCCAUCGCAGCGGUGCCAUGUGGCUGCACCGCUGCGCCAGGAUCGGAUCGAAGUGACGGCCGCUUUAGAGCACAGGUUAUUCACAAGCGGCCCAAACGUGAUCCGCGACCAAUCGAGGGAGACGCUGGCAAAAAGUGGGAACAUCAGGUCGGCACCAAAGUAUGUCACACUGGAAUUCGAGAAGGCUGGGCUUUUGGAAUCUUUUGGAACACCUUCGGAGGGGCGUUGGGAGGUGAACAUCAUCGAACUGCCAAGCUGUUGGAUGGACAUUGGAUGAAGAUAUUUGUUGCGCUGGUUUUGGAGGAACCUGAUCUGGACGAGAAGCUGCUGCGGAAGUAUUUCUGCAAGGCCUGGUUUUGA